CAUGGGCGCGCAGGCCCGGGCGCUGCUGUGGCCUCUGCUGGCCCAGUGGCUCCUGCGCGCGGCCCCGGCGCUGGCCCCCGCGCCCUUCGCGCUGCCUCUCCGGGUGGCCGCGCCCGCCCCCGGGCCCGGGGCCCCCGCCGCGCCCCACGCGCUGCCGCACGCCGACGGCCUGGCCUUCGCCCUGGAGCCCGCGGGCGGCGCCGCCAACUUCUUGGCCAUGGUGGACAACCUGCAGGGCGACUCUGGGCGCGGCUACUACCUGGAGAUGCUGAUCGGGACGCCGCCGCAGAAGCUGCAGAUUCUCGUCGACACUGGGAGCAGCAACUUUGCCGUGGCCGGUGCCCCCCACUCGUACAUAGACUCAUACUUUGACGCAGAGAGGUCCAGCACAUACCGCCCCAAGGGUUUUGAUGUCACUGUGAAGUACACGCAAGGGAGCUGGACUGGCUUGGUUGGGGAGGACCUGGUCACCCUCCCGAAGGGCUUCAACAGUUCUUUUCUUGUCAAUAUCGCCACCAUCUUUGAGUCAGAAAAUUUCUUCCUGCCUGGGAUUAAGUGGAAUGGGAUUCUAGGACUUGCUUAUGCUGCCCUGGCCAAGCCCUCGAGCUCUCUGGAGACCUUCUUUGAUUCCCUCGUGACACAAGCAAAAAUCCCCAACGUCUUCUCCAUGCAGAUGUGCGGAGCAGGAUUGCCAGUAGCUGGAUCUGGUACCAACGGAGGUAGUCUUGUCCUGGGUGGAAUUGAGCCAAGUUUGUACAAAGGAGACAUCUGGUAUACCCCCAUUAAGGAGGAGUGGUAUUACCAGAUAGAAAUUCUGAAAUUGGAAAUUGGAGGCCAGAGCCUUAAUCUGGACUGCAGAGAGUAUAAUGCAGACAAGGCCAUCGUGGACAGUGGCACCACGCUGCUGCGCCUGCCCCAGAAGGUGUUUGACGCCGUCGUCGAAGCUGUGGCCCGCAAAUCUCUGAUUCCAGAAUUCUCUGAUGGUUUCUGGACUGGGUCCCAGCUGGCAUGCUGGACAAAUUCUGAAACACCUUGGUCUUACUUCCCUAAAAUCUCCAUCUACCUGAGAGAUGAGAAUUCCAGCAGAUCAUUCCGUGUAACUAUCCUGCCUCAGCUUUACAUUCAGCCCAUGAUGGGGGCUGGCCUGAAUUAUGAAUGUUACCGAUUUGGCAUUUCACCCUCCACGAAUGCGCUCGUGAUUGGUGCUACAGUGAUGGAGGGCUUCUACGUGGUGUUUGACAGAGCUCGGAAGAGGGUGGGCUUUGCAGCGAGCCCCUGUGCAGAAAUUGCAGGUGCUCCUGUGUCUGAAAUUUCUGGGCCUUUCUCAACAGACGACGUAGCCAGUAACUGUGUCCCCACCCUGCCUUUGAAUGAGCCCAUUUUGUGGAUUGUCUCCUACACGCUGAUGAGCGUGUGUGGGCUCAUCCUUCUCAUCUUGAUCGUCCUGCUGCUGCUUCCGUUCCGGUGCCGGCCCCUCCCACGCGACCCCGAGGUCGUCAACGACGAGUCCUCUCUGGUUCGGCAUCGCUGGAAAUGAAGAGCAGAGCCUGAACUCCAGCGACCCUGACUGCAGCUGUUGAGAGAAUUAAAUUUCAAGUGCAGCUGUGGGGGCGACAAGGCAGGGUUUCCUCCUGUGUCCAUUAGUCUUAAAUCUCUGUUCUCCCAGAUGCCUUCCACCGUCACUGUAUUUUGAUUCUUGAUUUUAAAGCUUCCUCCUUCACCCCUACUACCAAGAAAAAUUAUAAUAAAAAACACCUCAUUCUAAACCAAAAGAGAGUGAAUUGGGCUUCAGGCUUCAUGCCAGACUGUCCAGGUGUGUUACCAUAAAAAAAAAAACCACAAGCCUUGACUAGCUCUCCUUUCCCUCCCAUCUCUGGAGAAAUGAGUGCACACAGUUUAUAACUCCACUUUGCUAAUGAGAAGCUGUUUGUAUUAAUUGCAUUUAAGUGUAUUUUUCACCAAGCUUCAACGUGGGUCAGAGUGGUACAAGGUGGCUGGCGAUACGACAGCAGGAGAAGCCUGAGGCCUGAUGACAAAACCGUCCUGUCCCCUUCUGAGUCGGACACAGGGCGGCAGUGCCCCUUUCUGGGGCUCUCUGGGCUCUGAGCAGGAGCCGUAAGCUCAAGGACGUCACCAUCCAGCAGUCUUCACCAGCCAGUUCCUAAGGCAGAAGGCCAUACCAGCAGAGUGAGGAGGAAACCUACUUUUCUGUGUUGGUACUUCUAUAGUGUCGCUGGUAUCAGAGUAAAAACCACCUCUGCUGAGACUCUGCCCAGGGCCCUGCACGAGGAUGGGGGUGUGGGCGGCCUUUCCAGCCAUUGCCCUCACCUGAAAGAAUCCUCACUCCAACAGGUAACAGGUGCCAUGCCUCCCAUCGACCCAGGGAGCUGUCAGCAUGCUGGUCAUUAUCCUGUGUGCUUACUCCUACCUAAAACUAAUGAACAGUCUUUUAAUGAGAAAACCAAAUUCUAUUUAACUAGCUUAGUUUCUUUCCCCAGCUCUCUCUGAAGGUAGAUUGAUUAUUACCCUUUUGGUAACUAAGGAAAUGUCUAAAUGUCCAUACUUGUGACCAGCUCUCAGGGGAAGGAAGACACAAGAUAUGCAAAGGCCUUGAAGGGGACAUCGACUUUUUCUUGUGCUUUGCAACCACAUCCUUCCACGUGCAGAUGCUGCUGGAUGCACAUGCUCAUCUGUGUCAGGUUAGCCAAGUUGUGGGACCUCUCCCCCACACAUUUUUCCUUUGGCGUAUUCAAUCUUUGGUGACAAGUUGGGUGUACAAUGGGAUUCUUAUUUAGGGAAAUUCCUUCUUGCUAUCAUUUAUUUGAUAAACAGAUUUCUUUGCCAAAGCAGAAGCCUUUAACUGGAUACGAGUAGCCUUAUAUGAGCUGAUGUAACAGGAAGGGUUCAUCGCCAGUGUCCCUCCUCUGUGUCCACAUUCAGUGUUCCCUUUCAUUGCAAUUGGGCUGAGCAGGACAUAAAAUAAAAUUCCCCUAGAAGGGCUUCCUGCAGAGCAUCUCCUCUGGCCAUAGUGUUACUUGUGUUCAAAAUAAGCUCCAUGUGGAGGUUUGAGCCAAUGUCUCGGCUCACCAUAUCCCCAGGCCACCUCCAUACUGAGAAAUAUACACCCAGGACAAAGGGAUGUGGGGCCACUUACACAAGUCCUGGUGUCCUUAGACUCUCCACUGAAGCUUUGAGCUGCAUCUUAGAAUGUCAAUCUUCUGUGUUCUUUGGGUAGAUAGUUUGAGUGUGUUGGGAAUGAGGCCCUCUUGGGAUGGGAUGGCAAGAGGGGAUUCAGGUAUCAGGUGCAUAUUAUCAUGUCUGGUCUCAGCUGGUUGAGAGGUAACCGUUUCAAGAGACAGUGCAGAGGUAGAAAUCUCUGGAAGCCUGUUGCUCUUCUUGGCUUUUUCAUUGGUUCCUGUUUGGCGGCCCUUCUGCAUAGAACUAAAGGCAGCAGCCUGCUCUGUGCCUUCCCAUUGCUGUGGAAAAUCUGAGCCCCUGGAAUAAAAGGAGGGAAUUGCAGGUAUGACCACUUAGUUUUGCUAUUUAUUUCCUCAAACAGGCAUCUUCUGUCCCAUUUUCUCAUGUGAGGUUUCUGAGCUAGGGAUCAUCUCUGUUGCAGCAGAUUAGCACCAUCCCCGGAGUGUGUGCUGAUCGCAAGUUAGAUGUCAAGGUAGGGUGUUAGAAUGAAGGGAGCUUUAAUGCUCUGUAUUUCAUAUCAGAUUUCGCUACCUUUUCAUCUCAGAUGUUAUUGGAUGUGACAUAUUGAUGGAGAGACUUAAAUUACAAAAGCAUAACUUGGCAACAGGAAUGAAAUAGACAGCUGGAUGUGAAACAUUUUGCUGGUGUAUCUUGCUGCUGAAAAUUGGACUUUGAAUCAAGACCCUGUUCGUGACACCCACUCCCUUGAGUUAUGUAAAGGGAUACUUGGCUUGGAGAACCUUCAAGGAGGCCUGCUUUGAACAGAGAGGGAAGUAGCAAUCAUUUGAGGGUGUCAUUUUUCCCUUGUAAGACACUUUGGAAAAUGCUGGAAGGUGGUCCUUUCCUGAAAGAUGCAACUUAGCAUUAAGUUGUUCUCAAAACCCUGUCGACUCUCUGAUGGAAAAUGGAUACUUUUAUGUAAACAAUAUAUAUUUUAAAUAGGGUGAGGCUUUAUAUUCUUGAUAACUUAUUCAGGAGGCUGAAAUAAUAUCCUGUCUCCAGUAACUUAGACUGUUUAUUUAAAAAAAAUAGAAGAGAUGAGAUGGGGACAGUCUAUAUUUUGCCUUGGGGAUUUAAAAGAAACACGGGUGAUUGGCAUCAAAUCACAUGGCAUUUACCAUACACUAUUUCCUAUUUUUAUGGACCAAAAACAAGUACCUGGGGUUAAAAAAACAGAUUCCUUGCAUGUGACCUUGGGGAAUGCUUUCCUGAACACAGGCCACUCCCAAGCAUUUGGAAGGAUUUUAUCUGAUUCACCAUGAAACACAGAGGUCUUGGUUGGAGAUGAAGUGUGGGUUCAAUGAUGGUUCAAAAUUAGGAAAGCAAUUCUCAACAAUGUGGCAUUCACACCUCCACAUGGCUUUUGGUAGUAGAGUCUGCAGAGCCCUUGUGAUUUAGGGAUGGCAUUAUUUCAUUUAAGAGGUAAGAAAAUAUUAUUUCAUUAUUUAAUAGGUUCCCUGUGUGAAUGAAAAUUUGUUAAAUUCCCUUUACCAGGCCCCAGUGGUGGAGUUGUCAAGCCCAGUUCAGUUCUAAGUUCUGGCCUAGUGCCACUUGAUGUCAUUGGGAAUAAAUGAUUGUCCAACAGCCUGUUCCAUAAGCAACAAUAAUUGAGUUUCACAGACUUUAUCCCGGUUAGUGAGAAAUAAUUGGUUGGAAUACCAGUGUGUUUUUGUCUUGCAUAAACUUACUAGAAUUGAUUAUAGAACUGUUCAGAGGAAAAACUUGCCACUAAGCUAUUUUCUUUUUUUAAGGAAAACAAGUAAAAUGUAAAAAUUACGAGUUUUGCCAAGAGAUAUACUACAUUUUUAGUGCCAAGAAAAUUAUACACAACAGAAGUUAUUGUGCACAUUUCUGGUGGGUUUUAAGAAUUUCGGGUUUGAGCUUGUGGCAGUUUACCAAUUAAAUAGCAAGCUGAAAAAAUACAUUUUGAGAGUAGGGAAGGAAAAUAAAAAUAUAAUAAAAAGUAUGCUAACAAAAUAAGCAAGAUUAGUUCUUUUGGAAAAGUUGCUGUCAGUCCAGGAAUCCUCCAAUUUCUUUUACCUGUAAAGCAAAGCUGAAUCUGUUGGAGGUGUGGUUUAUCUUACACAGCUGGAAACACCGAAAUUUAAGAAUAAUUCAGUCUGGCAUCAUGUGUCAGAUGUCAGCAUGGACAGACAGAAAAUGUGGCCCCUUCCACUUGCAUUGUCCAAGCCAGGUUGAUGAUUGGUUCAUUUAAGGAACAGAGAGUAGAGGGUGGUUGGGACUUGGAAGAUUCUAGAAUCUGGGAAGGGAGAUGGGAUAAGACAUUGUAGCCUCAGGUCUGCAGAUGACUGCAAAAUUCUGAACAAGCUGAGAACAUCCCAGGAUGCUGUAGGCAACUCAUUCCAUCCUGAGGUGUUUUUUUUCAGCACAGUCUGCUUCUGAGGUUUUUUCCAAAGGAAUCUCUUAGGAUUUAUGAUUUGUCAAAGAGAAAGGUGCUUUGCAGCCCAUCUUUAGAAGAUGUCUGGCUGGACACAGUCCUCAGGCUGAGGCUCGGGGUUGUGCACUGGGAAGUUCUUAGGGCAGAGUCAAGAGGCGAAGCCAAAGGGGGCAGGCAUUACCUUUGGGGUCUGAGCACCUGCAAAGGGCUCCUGCCAGCAGCUGUACUGGAGUCACCCUGAAAGCUGGAGCAGCCCCGACAGCCAUUUCCACUGGGUCCUGCUGGGCAGCCCACAGGCUUGGGAGGCAUCCCAUGGGUCUGUGACCACAGUUCUCCAGCACCAUGUUCUGUCAGAGACACUUCCAGAAAGAGUGUGUGAGAGAGAAGGCCCCUGAGCCCCUGGCAUCCGUGCAGGUCCCUACAUCCUGCAGCUCGCCAGGGCCGCUCAGGAGGCUCCGCAGGGAGUCUAGGAAGGAGCUGCCGCUUUUGGCCCUGGGCAAGCACCUGGGUUGGUGAUAGCUCACCCUGGGGCCGUCGGAGACAGCUUGGUAUGGCUGUGACCUUGAUUACUGCACGUGCAAGGAAGCAAAGCCAGGCCUUGUAGUGACAUCAGUGUGUCUGGGUGGCGGCCAAGGGCAGGUGCCCUUUUAAAGGGUGACACUGUGGCAUGUGGACUGUUCUGAGCUUAAGGCAAUCGUGACCCUGCGGACACAAGAGAAACCUUUGCCCUUCCCUAACUACCCAGGAAAAUCUAAAUUUUGGGUCUUUCCCAAAAUAAAAGUUACUAACAGAGAUAAAUUCUGUCUGGUAACCCAUCUGUGCAGAGAGCAGAUUCUCAUCACCAAACACCUGCUCUUCCUGCCCCGCGUCUCACCCCCUCCCCCUGCAGCCCCCCUAUCCGUUCCUGGGCUCAGGAUGGUGUUGAUAGCUCCUUGUCCCUUUCUGUCUUUGGACCUCUCAUGUAUGUGGCCCAUACGUUGGUUCCCAUAUGUACGAAAUUAAAUUUGAUUUUCUGCUAUUAAUCUGUCUCACAUCAAUUUGAUUCUUAGACCAGCGAGAAGAACCUCGAAGGGUAGAGGAAAAUGCUUCCUCCCUGACAUCUGCAAAACCUCUAGUCACAUUAGUUACUGGGAUUAAUUACGAGUGUUGUGAGGACACGCGGCUUCAUCCGAGCAAUGUAGUGCUUUCUCCCCCACCCCCGAGCUUUCCCUGGUUGCUUACAGUCAGAUACUCCAGAAACCUGGUGUUUGUAAACUGCCUCGUACUGUGCGAUCCUGCAGCACAUGUUCCCUUAAAGAGUGCUGCGCUGCUCACGGCCGGGCCAGGAGGCCCAAGAAGCUUCCUGAGAAACUCAGAACCAGCCCACAGCAAGGGCAGCUCCAGGGCCUCUGACCGUGGGCACUGGACAGCCUUCCCGUGACCCGGAAAGCCUUCGGGUUCCUGUCGGGCCACAGCUGCCCAAACAGGGAGGCCGGAGGUGCCCACUCCCAGGAAAGGGUGCGAUGACAAAGUACCGUUCUCACCUCUGGGUAUCUGCUGGUCACGGUUUGUGCCUACGGUGCAGUGGUGACAAGGAGCCAGUUCCCUUUGCAGGUGGAGAAUUUUUUGUAUGGGAUCAACUGGGGACAGUCUAAAUGGUAUGUCGCACAGGUGUGCCCCACACAUACCAAUCUGAGUAGAACAUUUUGCCAGCCUGGAUUUAUAAUCAUCAAUUAUAUAUUUACAAAGUAUAGGUUUAAAACUAGACCUUGAAUAGGUGAGCGCGGCUGUCAUCCUAAUGGCGUCACUAAAGGGGACUUGAGACCUGGGGAAUCUCUGGAACCUGGCCUCCUUUACCCCUCAUGUUUUUCCACAGAAUUUACCUCGUUUAGGUUGGAAUAUAUGUAUUUUUGUUCAUGAUACACACGUGGGUCAGAGUAUCAUGAGAAGGAAAGUGUCUCCGAAAGGCAGGGUUUAUUUUUCUUCUUGGUUAAAUGCUUUAUGUAGCGGUUUUCUGAACAUUUCCUGGUAAAACUAAGUUUCCGCUUGGCUUCAUUUUACCUGUUGAAGUAAAAUUUUACAUGACCUUCAUAUUUUUUAAACGAACACUUCUGAAUGAAAGUUAAAAAAAACAAAUGUGAAAAGAUUAUCUUUUGGAGAUAAAAUGAGCAAAGCUGAUUAAGGAUCUUUUAAUCUAUAAUGAAAAUCACCAAGAAAAAAACUUCUUUACCUCCUGUUUCUUACACACUUGCGUGUUCUUCGCUGCCCAUGGUAACAGCUUGGAAUUGUUUCAUCUCAUUUUCCUAAUUGUAGCUAAUGUGUCAUCUAAUGUGUAAUGGGUUUCACCUUCUUAGCAGGUCAGAAGUUCUGUUUGUUUAGUGUUUGAAUUACUUAGUACAUAUGAGAAGAAAGAGAAAGAAUGAGAUUUGUCGUGCUCACGUAAUCUAAAAUGAUGUAUUUAUGCUUACUACAACUUCUGUUCAUUCACACAGUUAUAUGCACUUAAUGUUUAAAAUCCCCAUGUUCAGUUAGUUUUAAAGCAGUCACUCAUUUUUUUCUUAAAAAGGGUGACUUUGCUGCUACUCUAGUGGUGUUUGUGUCUGGUCAAAGAGCUGCAAGCCUUGUAUUCUGAAGCAGAUGCUAAGAGUAGAGUUUUGCACAAUGUAUUCAUGUGUGUAUCUCAGAUGAACAUCCCUUAGUACACAAUUCCUAAGUGUAACUUGUAUUUCUGAAAAUGCUUAAGAUUAUUUUAUAUUUUUCCCUUUUGAAAUUUCCUCUAUUUUUAGUAUACCAUGUUGUUUUAAAUCGAAGUUGUACUCGGACCAAGAGUUGACAUAAGGAGGUAUUCAUUCCAUCUUAGACGUGGUUCUGCAGCUCCUGAACGAUGUCCAAAUUGUUGUGUGCUUCAGAAUGGAGUUUUCUAAGAUAAUCUUAUUUUUAUACUUGUAUGCUCCACCAAUUUACGAUGUACACCAUUGAAAAAGAAAUUUAAAAGUUUGGCUUGUUUGAAUAAAUAAUACUUCUAACUUG